GAGGAGGGAAGGGAGAGGCAGGGCUUGUUUACCUCGUGUCUGUCGCGACUGUCGCCUGAAGAGCCGUGGUGGGGCCUUUGCGUGAGGGAAGAGUGGCUGGAGGGGGUGAAAGAGAAACGGAAUACACCCGAGUCGGUGUGCUUAGAAAACAGAGAUAAUGAAACGCCAUCGUGCACCUUCGACUAAAAUGGGGGAGACCACUAGUGGGGGAUCAGCAAAAAAGCCAUUUAAAUCACAAAAUCAACAAGGACCUUCCAGCAAAAAAAAGGGAACUGAUAGAGAAGGAAGAAAACAAGGUCAAAAAAGAAAGCAGGUCACUCAAGCAGUCAAAAGGAAAGCUAAGGAACAUGAGGACUAUACCCCUGCAGGAGAAAAAGGUUCUUCAAAAAAGGUGAAGCUAACCAGUGCUAAAAUGCAAUCUUGGCAGAUUCUCUCGGAGAGCAGUAGGCAGUUUCUGGAAACUGUAAUGGAUUCAGUAAUACUAUCUGUUUUGUGCCAACAACGUGAGAAAAAAGAUGAUGUUCAGAAGCACCUCAAUUUACUGAAAGAAAGGGUGCUGAGACGUUUCAAGGCUUUAAAGGUGCCUCAAGGGAAGCUGGGCAACCUGAAGAAUGUCCUGAGCCUUCAAAUGGCAGAGAAACAAAUGCUUGAGGCAAAUGAAGAGUCUUUGGUACAACUGCAGGAAGAAAUAAAUGAAGCCAAGCGAUCAGCAGAACACAUUGAAGAAACUACACAGCAACUGCAGUACAAAAUCCAGGUGCUCAAGAGCCAGUUAGAGGGAGAUGAAAAAAAGGCCAAGAAGGUAUUCCAGGAAAAUGAGAGUGGAGUACUCCACCUUCCAGAACUUCCCAAGCGGAGUUUACAAGCACCCACUUUGCAGGAAGAAAUUUUGAAGAUAAAAAAUAAGAAAGGUCUCUUAAAUGACAUGAACACUAUUCAGCAGUCAGCUGACUUGAACAACAUGUUAACCCUCAUUGAAAAGGCCUAUGAGAAGGUGGACUUCCUUUGAGAAACCGAAAUACACGGAGUCUCCUUUGAAGAAGAUAACCUAGGCCAGCACUCUGUUAAUGUAGAGCAGCAGGAUGCUGAUUGUGGAAACUGUGGUUUCUUCCUAAUGGCUUUGCUGUUGUGACUGCUGAGUUUCUGUUCAAACAUUUUCUAAGAAUAUUGGUAUAUAAAUCUGUAGAUGCAUGCUGGAACUACAGUGAUUUAAGUGAUCAGUCACAUUUUCUUGGCGGCUUUUUUCGACCUGUGAUGACUUCUAAUGAGGAUAUAUACUGUCUGAAGAGAAGGGAAAGACAGGGAUCCUGGGUAUUCCAUUAUAUUUGAACUUUCAUAUCACAUCUGUAAAUGGGUGAAGGCAGUAUCUUACCAAACUAACUUCUGUUUUGGAGUUCAAUCCUCUUUCAACCUGAAACAUGUAGUGAAAAUAUGAUUGUCUAAUGCUCAGUUACAAAUCCCCUGUUCAACUUUCUUAACAUUUUUCAAUAAAAAACCUCCAUGCCAGGAAAUGGAAUAAUUUUUAUCACAAGUACAGGUGGGUUUUUUUAACAUUUUCAUAUUCACCACUUAAACUUGGUGUAAAUGACUUGGGUUUUUUUUUAUCCAGAUGGCUGGGGAAAGCAGAUACGAGCAUUACAGAGCAAAGCUCUAAUCUCAGAGUUGUGUACUCAUAUUUCAUUAACUCCUCUUCAGCUUUAGAGGAAGAAAACUAAGUCAGAAGUCUAAGCACUUUCAUCUCUCCUCUAUUUUUUUCCAUGAUAGAACUUCUCCCUUUAAAGAUUCAGUUGUCACAAAGUGCUUUCUGCUGUCAAAUUAACAGCUAGACAGUUGCAGCGCUCUUUACAUUGUUUUAUCACACAAACACUUGUUCUGAAUUACAAGCUGCUGGUACUCCUAAUGAGACAUGAGCUAAUUAUCUCUGUUCUCCUAUAAGAGAUUAAAAGCCUCUUUAGUUCCUACACCUAGGAUCAGGAAAACCAGACUAACUACUUGCUUGCUUUGUACCGAGUCAUAUGAAAAAGUAUAUAAAUACUUAGAAAUAGUUCUCACAUUUUUGAUCACCACUACCCCAAACUAAUUUAAUUCAGUUUAUGGGUUAAGGAUUCUCCUGCAUGCCAGCUAUCUUAAUUUUUGUUAAGUAAAGAUACACUCCUUUGCUUUUGUUAAGGGUGAUGUACUUGCAGGCAAUUUACUAUCUGGGUUUUGAACUUCAUGGACCACAUAGAUACCUUUUUUUU